AUGGACGUCACAGCGCUCUGCUCCACACUGUUAAUAAAUGCAUUGAUAUUUCUGGUAGCAGAGGAUCAGUUUUCCUGUGCUGAGAGAGCUGAUGCAACUUCUCUUCGUAUUCUUCCAAACAAGCUCCAGUUCUUCGAAUAUGACUCGAUUUCUUGUGACUGUGAGGGAUUUGAUAACUUCACCGAGUGGAGAGUGAUGAGGACGAUGAAGGGGGUCAAAACGACGUGUGCUGCUCACUGGGAGACAUCAUGGGGACCGUGUUUGAUUCAACACGCCUAUCCAUUAGACAGCGGAGAAUACUGGUGUGAAACUAAAGAAGGAGAGAAAAGCAACUCCGUCUUCAUCAGUGUCACCGCUGGAUCGGUGAUCCUGGAGAGUCCUGCUCUGCCUGUGACGGAGGGAGACGCUGUGACUCUGCGCUGUAAGAACAGGAUGACCUCCUCUGACUGUAUCGCAGAUUUUUAUAAAAAUGGCAGCAGAACAGGGACCGGCUAUAAAGGAAACAUCACCAUCCACAAUGUUUCCAAGUCUGAUGAAGGAUUGUACAAGUGUAUCAUCGCUGAUGAAGAAUCAGCAGAAAGCUGGUUGGCUGUCAGAGUUUCUCCAUCACUUUAUGAAGAAACGCAUCCUCGUUACAGUUGUUCCUCCGGUCUCCUUCUGCUGAUCAUCACUCUGUCCUCGUGUCUGGCGACUCUGCUGCUGCUGGGAUUUUGUCUUUGUGCCGAACACAGAGAUGAACAUUAA